CGUGUUUUAAUAUCUAUUUUUAAUUUUACCGUCAUUAGUUAAAGUUUAAUUUGGCUCAAGGGAGAGUGACAGAUGGCUUGCGGUCAUAAAAUCGCCAAUGAUUGAUGAUCGACGCGGUUAUAUGGAAAAAUUUGUUUACCUCAAAUUGAUGUGACUAUUGGUUUAAAGAUGGACGACCAAAGCAACAUGUCCGCUCUAACCAAUGAAGACAAUUCUACGGACGGCGACUACACACCGUAUGAAGAUAGAUUGGAGACUUAUUUGGUUCCAGUUAUAUUUGCGAUUAUAUUCAUUGUGGGCGUGUUGGGCAAUGGUACCCUAGUUAUUGUCUACAUCAGGCACAGAGGAAUGAGGAAUGCUCCGAAUACGUAUAUCUUCUCUUUAGCACUGGCGGAUUUACUCGUCAUACUUAUCUGUGUGCCUUUCGUUUCUAUUAUAUACACACUGGAGUCUUGGCCUUGGGGUGAAGCUAUUUGUAGAAUAUCUGAAGCGGGUAAAGACAUCAGCAUUGGUGUGUCUGUUUUUACUUUGACUGCACUAUCAGCGGAACGCUACUGCGCCAUCGUCAAUCCGUUUAGGAAACUCCAACUAAGGAAACUCCCACUCGUAUGUGCCACAUUUAUUUGGGCAGCGGCGCUUAUCUUCGCCACACCAGCCGCGGUGUUCUCCAACACUGUUACCGCGCAUCUGCACAAUAAUAUUACCAUUGUCUACUGCACUCCCUAUCCUCAAGGCUGGAAGGAUUAUUCGAAAUGGAUGACUUUAGCGAAAGCAACUAUAUACUAUGCAUUGCCUUUGCUGGUAAUUGCGAUUUUUUAUUCACUGAUGGCACAGCGAUUAUUGGCAAGUACGAGAGAAAUGCCGGGCGCAUUGCAUGGAGGACAGGGAGAGGCGCAGGCUAAGGCUAGAAAAUCAGUAGCUCUUAUGGUGUUGAUUUUUGUUAUUGUGUUUUUCGUUUGUUUCCUUCCGUAUCACGCCUUUGAGAUGUGGUUCCAUUUAUCGCCGACCGCUGAGUUUGAUUACAACGAUUGGACGCACGCAUUGAGGAUAAUAGGAUUUUGUUUGAGUUUCCUGAAUUCGUGCGUAAAUCCUGUAGCGCUGUAUUGCGUAAGCGGUGUAUUCAGACAACACUUCAACCGCUAUCUGUGUUGUCGUCGAAGCAGUUUGCAUCCUUCUUGCAGUUCCAGACUCUCCAGGACAGCGAUAUGUGAAACAUCCUUUAGGAGUACACACAGACAUAGGUGCAAUAGAAAUCCGACGGAGAGCGUCGUUAUAUCGAACUACGACUACGGAAGCACAAAGAAGAAAAACAAUAUUAUAACAAGGAAUAGCACUGAUGGGGUCACCAUAAUGACUAUAAGAGACUCCAAUGAUUUUCUUACAUGCGACCUUAAUGAAAAAUGUAUCAAUAGAUAAAUUAUAAUUGUAUAAUAAAAAAAAUGGCUCCUAUA